AUGCUGGUGAGUGCUUGUGUUGUUCCAGAAAACAGCAGCAGCAACAGCAGCAGCAGCGCCAUCAUUAUCCUCAUGACUGCAGUUUGUGUAGUCGUCGCCGCCGUGUUUCUCUUCGUCCCUCAAUUCAAGCGCUUCCCGCAUUCCUCCGUAGCCAUUUUGGCUCAGGGCACGAGGCGAGCGCCACGGAGGGGCCGCUUGCCUGCGCCGUCGAGAGAUCCUCGGAGUCCGAACCCCGGCCGUGCCAGGGCCAAGCGAAGAGCCAUGGCCGACUACGCCGCGGUCGCGGGGCUUCGGGCGGCCGCGGACGCCGGGGCCCCGGGGGCCAGCGGCACCGAGGCCCCCGCCGAGGUGCCGGCCGCCGACCGAGGGAGGCUGCCGCGGCGGGCGUGCGUCGUCGCCGUGUGCUGUACUGCGGUGGGGAUGGCGCUGUGGUGCGCAGCAGGCAGGGGCCCGAGCGUGUGGGCCCGAGCGCGGGGCCUCACGGGAGAAGAGGGUGCGAACAGGCCGAGCCAUCGCAAUCUCACCCUGCACCCCGAUGCGGCGGAGAAUCUCGCUGGGAUGGGGACAUCUGGGACUAUCAACGACAGAGUCGCCGAGAUCUUGACGCACGACUGGUCGCCAGUCAAGGGGAAGAGUUGCUGGCGCGUCGGCUUCGGCAGCGGGCACUUCCCCGACGGCAGCACGAGCGAGGACCACGGGAGCAACCGCACCUUGGACGCGUGUCUGAAAGCGUGCAUGGAGAACGAUUUCUGCCACGGAAUCACUGUGGAAGCAGGCAAGAAUACGAGUGGGCCGUGUUGGCUGCUCCCGGAGCUGGUGCUCGACGAGUGCCAGGGCGGCCCCUCCUACGACACCUACAGGCGGGGCCCCAUCCCGGACCGCAUCGCGCAGAUCCAGGAGAUCUCCGGCUGGAGGCGCUAUGCGGGCCUCAAUUGUUACCCCGGCUCUGGCAGCUGGAAUUUCCCAGAGAUCACCGGCACCCACUUCCAGACCUACGCGGGGCGAAAGAUCACCGUGAACGAGUGCAUGAUACGCUGCGAGCAGGACCCGCUGUGCGAGGCCAUCGUCGUGGCCCACCAGGACCGCGCGGCGUUCACCCCCUGCCAGCUGCGCCAUCUGGUGGUGCCCGGGUCGUGCUCCAAGAACGGGGCGUUCGACACCUGGAGGAUGGACCAGGGCCGCACCCUCGCCCCCGGCGUCGAGGAGCCCGCCGCAGCGCUCGGACGGGACAGGCUGCACGGCGUCCUCGACAUGGUCGAGGGGGAGGGUUUCGACAAGCUCGACCUGACGAGGUGUGCGCUGGUCGGGGCGUCCGGGGUGAUGAAGGGCUCGCACAAGGGCGCGGAGAUCGAUGGGCACACUGCCGUCAUCAGGAUCAACCGCCUGCCCAGGGGCGAGUACUACGCCGACUUCGGCGCAAAGACUGACUUUUUGUAUGUCAGCCACGAGUGGUCGGGGGCCGUCUCUUUGAUGGGUGGUGAAAACGCCAAGGUGAUCAAGUGCGCCGACGCCGUCGGUUGUCCCAAGGCCGGGAUCAUUGCCCGCGGGGACCUUGUUAGGUGCAAGCCCAGCGAGAUGGCUUCCAAUUGGGGCCUCGACCAUACCCUGGUGGGCUGCACGCACACGAACAUAUCGAGGAUGGUUGCCACGGGAUUUCACACUCUGCAUGGAGCUUUGGCCACCACGGGCCUCCAUGCGUUUUUCACGUUCCUGCCUGUGUGUGACGAGCUCAACCUGUACGGUUUCGGAGGUAUAAGCACGGCAGACGGCCACUCGGAAUGGACCAAAGGACACAAUCUCUUCCAGGAGCACUUGAUUCAGGACCACGUCAUCAACAGGCAGUGGGGCUCGGUACCGUGGAGGAACAAGUUCAGAGAGUUCGAUUGGAUGAAGAGGGUCAUGGGAAAGGUGAGGAAGGUGGUCGGCACGGUGGCGUGA